UAUAUAUAUAUCGAAGGACAUAGCUAUUUUAGCCCAAACCAAUUUACAGAAGAGCGUAGCAAGCUAGCAGCUCAAGCCUCAAAUACCAGGGCUGAUUUUGUACAUUUAGAAUAGCAAUUGACCGAGUAUUUUCUCAGAAUGGAUCAACAACUGUUACGUUUAUGUCAGGUGGAAACCAAGAGUUUGAUAUGGGUUACAGGCAUGAUGUUUGCUGCGAUUUUAGUGUUCCAGUAUUUUGAACUUCCAUAUGGUAACGUUCUCUCAUCUUUAUUUUCUGCUGAUAAGGUUUCGGUAGUGAGAAAUGGUAGCAUCUGGACUGGAUAUUCACCAAAUAAAUCUGAGAUGAUUAAUAACAUGACAGUUUCGAUUGGUUCAAACACUGCAUAUGCUAUUAAUGAGAGAGCUAAUAAUACCGGAAUCUUCAAUGGAAGGGACAGAAACCCACAGGAUGCUUCUGUACGAGAUAGAAAUGGAGGCACAAACCAAUCUCUAAAAUUUGAUGAGGAAAUCAAUGCUGAUAAGGAGUCUUCAUCUGAAUAUUUGGUAGAGCCAAAUAAAAUUUCCAUGGCUGAUACUGUCAAGAAUGUGGAUGAUGGAUCUGCACCGGAGGAGGCUAGAGAACCUGAACAGAGUUCUUAUGUCAAGAAUGAUACUACAAAUAGUAACUUUUCAAUGCAUAAGAUUGAAAAGGAUGAAAACUCUUCCACAUCAGAACAUAUUGAAAGUUCAGAUGCUGGUUUUGCAUCCCCUUCGCCUGCAUUACCUCCUAUGACUUCAUCAUAUGCAUCUUCUCAAUCUGUUGUAGAUAUAGAAAGUACACCACCUGUUGUUGAUUCCAACACGACUUUAUUUGAGAAAGACAGAACAACGGCUCCCGAUUUUAAUGAAAACUCUGGGAAUUUGAGAGGUGAACUCAAUCCAUUGGGUGAUAAUUCUUCCAUUUUUUCCCUGAACAGAGUCACUGGGGUGAAUAAAGAGCUUGAGAUGCCAACCUCUUCAGUGGUUUCAAUAUCUGAGAUGAACAAUUUGUUGCUUCAGAAUCGUGCUUCAUACCAUUCAAUGACGCCACAAUGGCCUUCAGCAGUUGACCAAGAACUGCUACAUGCAAAGUCACUGGUCGAGAAUGCACCUAUCAUAAAGAAUGAUCCAAGUCUUUAUGCCCCUCUUUAUAGGAAUGUUUCCAUGUUCAAAAGGAGCUAUGAAUUAAUGGAAGACACUCUUAAAGUAUAUAUUUACAGGGAAGGAAAAAAACCUGUAUUACACCAGCCACGACUCACUGGAAUAUACGCAUCUGAGGGAUGGUUCAUGAAGCUGCUGGAGGCUAACAAAAAUUUCAUUACUAAAGACCCUAGAAAAGCCCAUCUGUUUUACUUACCCUUCAGCUCUCUAAUGUUGGAGGAAACCUUGUAUAUAGCUAAUUCACACAGCUUUGAUAACCUUAUACAGUAUUUGAAGAACUAUUUGGACCUGAUUGAAGCAAAAUAUCCUUUCUGGAACAGAACUGGGGGAGCUGAUCAUUUUCUUGUUGCUUGCCAUGACUGGGCCCCAACAGAAACAAAUCAACUUAUGGCUAAGUGCCUAAGAGCUCUCUGCAAUGCUGAUGUCAAAGAAGGUUUUGUUUUAGGCAAGGAUGUGUCUCUUCCUGAAACAUAUGUGCAUUUGGUUAAAAAUCCACUCAGGGAUAUUGGAGGCAAACCUGCUUCCCAGAGGUCAAUUCUUGCUUUCUUUGCAGGAAAAAUGCAUGGCUAUUUACGGCCAAUUCUGUUACAGCACUGGGAAAAUAAAGAUCCUGACAUGAAAAUCUUUGGUCGAAUGCCUAAGUCCAAGGGAAAUAAGAAUUAUAUCCGUCACAUGAAGAACAGCAAGUAUUGUAUAUGUGCAAAGGGUUAUGAAGUCAACAGCCCACGCAUAGUGGAAGCCAUAUUUUAUGAAUGCGUCCCAGUGAUUAUAUCUGACAAUUUUGUGCCACCGUUUUUUGAAGUUUUGAAUUGGGAAUCCUUUGCUGUUUUUGUCUUGGAGGAGGAUAUUCCAAAUUUGAAGAGUAUGCUCCUUUCAAUCCCAGAGAAGAGGUAUCUCCAGAUGCAGAUGAGGGUCAAGAAGGUACAAAAGCAUUUUCUUUGGCAUGCUAAGCCUGAGAAGUAUGAUAUCUUUCAUAUGAUUCUACACUCAGUUUGGUACAAUAGGUUUCAUCAAUUAAGCCCCAGAUGACACAGACACAUUGCAGACCUUGUGUUUCUGGAGUUAAAUUGAAAGAGUCCCUAGUGAGCAAGUGGAAUAAGAAGCAAAUGAAAAUAGGCAGGAGGACACUCAGUAUUAGGUACAAGAACAGAACAAAUUCUUUUGAUGUAUAUAUUUUUAUA